UGGGUGUGUUGUUGUUGUGCCUCGCAGAAUUUUGGCCUCGGUAUCCACUUUGCAUCCGUAUAAGAAGGGCAAGUCAAGUAGGGCCGUCCAUCCCAGCCCCAACAUCACCCAACAUGUCCUCCGCCGCCCCCGUCCCCAACAUCGCAGACACCUACAAGCAGGACCUCUUCAAGGGCAAGGUCCUCUUCUGUACAGGAGGAAGAAGCGGCAUUUGCUAUGCCAUCGUCGAGUCCAUGAUGUCCCUCGGCGUCAGUGCGGCUAUCGUCGGGCGAGAUGCAAAAGGCCUAGACGAGUCUGCCAAGAAUCUUCAGGACGCCACAGGAUCCAAAUGUAUCGCUGCCCCUGCCGACGUGCGCAAGCCCGAGCAGAUCAAAGACGCCGUCAAGCGCACUGUCGAUGCGUAUGGCAAGAUCGACUUUGUCAUCUGCGGUGCCGCCGGCAACUUUCUCUCGCCCAUCUCUGGUCUCUCCGAGAACGCCUUCCGCACCGUAGUCGAGAUCGACCUCCUCGGCACUUACCAUACCCUCAAAGCCACCCUUCCCUACCUCCGAGAAUCACGCGGAGCGUACCUCCACAUCUCUGCUACGUUGCACUACAGGGGUGUACCUUUCCAGGCGCAUGUCGCUGCUGCAAAGGCUGGAGUGGACGCACUGAGCAAUGUGAUUGCAGUAGAGGAAGGACCUUGGGGGGUUAGGUCAAACAUCAUCGCUCCGGGGCCUAUUCUGGGUACUGUGGGAGCUGACAAACUCUCGAUGAAAGGCAAAGAGUUUGGCAAAGACAUUCCUCUUUCCCGAGCAGGCCACGUCGGUGAGUCUUGAUCUGUCCCUUUACUUCUAGUCGUGUGAUAAUGUCAAUACUCGCUAGACGAUAUCGCCAACGCUGCGCUAUAUCUCUUCUCGCCAGCCGCUGCUUGGGUCUCUGGUUCUACAUUGGUCGUCGAUGGCGCUGAGAACCACAUUCGAAGCCUCAAGUUUCCCUACCCAGAAACGCUCUUGGAACCAGAGAGAUUUAAAGACCUUGUCAAACCCAGGCUGUAGUCGAAUGCGCGAAUGUAGGCUAGUAAGAGUAUCUCACCGGGAUUGUAUGAACAGCUGUAUCUCGAA